UCUUGGGGCGCCGAGCAGCGCGGAGGAGGCGCUCGCACCAUGGCCCGGGUCCCCGCGCGCCUGCAGUUCCGCGUGCAACUGCGCUUCGUGACGGAGGAGCAGCUUUUCGGGGCCGGGCCGCUCUCGGCCCCGACCCCGAAGUCUCUGCGACUGGAGGUGCACCCGGCGGGGGAGGAGGCGGACGCGACGGUGAUUGACGCCGAUGGCGUGUGUGUCUUCAAAUGCUUACUCAACAGAGACACUGAAUGUUGCCGCGUGGGGAAGGAAUCCGUCUUGAUUACACUGGGAUACAACAGCAUUUUGCUGAAGUUUGAGUCUCCCGCUGAUCUCAGCUCAUUUUCAAAUACCUUGAAAAGAUGCCGGAAGGAGAAAAAGGAAUCCUCGGUGUUCAGCCAGCGGACGGAAGAGGCAUCUGCCGUACAGUACUUCCAGUUUUAUGGCUGCAUUUCCCAGCAACAGAACAUGAUGCAGGAUUUUGUGAGGACAGCCACUUACCACAGAGCCAUCCUCCAGAACCACACUGACUUCAGAGACAAGGUUGUUCUGGACGUUGGUUGUGGAUCCGGAAUACUGUCAUUUUUUGCUGUUCAGGCUGGAGCUAGGAGAGUGUAUGCUGUUGAAGCCAGUUCAGUAGCACAAUAUGCUGAGAUGCUGGUGAAAAAUAACCACCUUUCCGACAAGAUCAUUGUUGUGCCAGGGAAAAUUGAAGACAUCUCUCUUCCUGAGGCUGUGGAUGUGAUCAUUUCCGAACCGAUGGGAUACAUGCUCUUCAAUGAAAGGAUGCUGGAGAGUUACCUUCAUUCCAAAAAAUGGCUGAAAGCGAAUGGAAUGAUGUUCCCGACAUUCGGCGACAUCCACUUGGCCCCCUUUUCUGACGAACAGCUCUACGUGGAACACUACUCCAGAGCCAACUUUUGGUACCAGCACUGCUUCUAUGGGGUCAACCUGUCCAGCCUCCGGGGGGCUGCAGUGGACGAGUAUUUCAGGCAGCCGAUAGUCGACACAUUCGACAUCCGGAUUUUGAUGGCUCGGACAGUCAAAUACACAGUCAACUUCGUGGACGCCAAAGAGGCAGAUCUCCACAGAGUAGAAAUCCCCUUUGUGUUUCAGCUGACACAGUCUGGCCUCGUCCACGGCCUGGCGUUCUGGUUCGACGUGGCCUUUGUGGGAUCUCUGGUAACUGUUUGGCUGUCAACAGCCCCAACUGAGCCUCUGACCCAUUGGUAUCAGGUGCGGUGCCUUCUUCACACUCCUCUCUUUGCCAAAGAAGGAGAGACCCUCUCGGGGAAAGUGCUCUUUGUAGCCAACAGACGACAGAGCUAUGACAUUCAGAUUGUGGCACUGGUAAACCAGACAGGCUUCAGAUCUGGGAACAUCCUCGAUUUAAAGAAUCCUUUCUUUAGGUUUGCUUAGAAGAUAGCCACAAGCCAAUCGAUAAGUAAAAUGAAGGCCUGAGGAGUCCCUCAACACCGAAGUUCAUAUUUCGUGUUCCAAAUAUGCACUCUAAAUUUUACAAGGAUGAUUAGGUUGAUUUGAAUUCGUAUUUUUUUCCUAAAUAUAAAAUGUGCAUCCUCAUUUUAUUGAAAGUCUAUUUCUCGGUGCUUCUUAGACUGGCUCUUUACAGCUUUCUGCAUAUAGCUGAAGAAUUUUUUCCUCAAUUUGUGAUUUCUCUUUAUUACUAUUUCAGUGAAGCCAACCGCUCUGCUUUCAUUUUUUAAGUAUUUACAAAAGAAAUUUAACAAAACCCUACCUCGUGUUUAUAUGUAUGCGUAUGUAUGACAUAACAUAAGAGCAUGUUAGGAGUGAGCUUCUAUUUACAAUUUUAAGCU